UCCUUAUUAAUUGUUUGUAUGCGGAUACAUUAGUCUGAGUGCACUUUGACGUGCUACCCUAGCCUGCUGGUUAGCUUAGCUUGUUAGCUGCUAACAAACAGAGGCGGAAGUGAUCGACACAUCAAAGCAGAGAUCCAAUACGUCUGUGAAGAACAUCUUUACCCUGAGCAACAGAAGUGGAGCUUCAGGAAGCGGACGGAGGAGCCACAGCGCUCCCACAUUAAGAAGGAAGAGGAGGACCCACUGACACCCCAUUUUAAAGAGGAAGUGAUGGAUCCACUGAGCCCUCACAUUAAGGAGGAAAAGGUGGAUCCACUGACACCCCAUUUUAAAGAGAAAGUGGUGGAUCCACUGAGUCCUUACAUAAAGGAGGAAGAAAUGGAUCCACCUACACCCCAUUUUAAAGAGGAAAAGGAGGACCCACUGACACCCCAUUUUACAGAGGAAUCGGUGGAUCCACUGACCCCUCACAUUAAGGACGAAGAGGAGGACCCACUGAGCCCUCACAUUAAAGAGGAAGAGGAAGAACACAGCAUCAGUCAGCAGGGAGAGCAUCUUGAAGGACUGGAGGAGGUUGAUGUCACCAAGAUGCCAGUGACUGGUGUCCCUGUGAAGAGUGAAGAUGAUGAGGUCAAAGGUGAAAGUGAGGAGAAGAGAGAGGCGGAGCCUCCAAGCAGCAGCUCAACACAACACAUGACAACAGAAGCUGAUGGAGACCACUGUGGAGGAUCACAAGCAGACAAGCUCUUAGCUCCACUAUCAGAUAGUGAGGACACAACGUCACACUCUCCUGACACUGAUGAUGAAGACUCUAAAGAUGAUAAGACAUGUGACACUGACAACACUCACUUCAAAUGUUCUUACUGUGACAAAACUUUUAAAUAUUCUGGUGAUUUGAAAAGACACAUGAGAAUACACACUGGAGAAAAACCCUUUUCAUGCUCAGAAUGUGGUAGAGAUUUUAGACUAAAACAAAUGAUAAAAGAACACAUGAGAAUACACACCGGAGAAAAACCUUUUUCAUGUUCAAUCUGCGGUAAAGAUUUUACUCAAAGGUCACAUUUGAAAGUACACAUGAGAAUACACACUGGAGAAAAGCCUUUUUCCUGCUCAGAAUGUGGUAAACAUUAUACACAAAGGCAAAAUUUGAAAACACACAUGACAACACACACUGGAGAAAAACUUUUUUCAUGUUCAAACUGUGGUAGAAAUUUUACUCAAAGGCAAAAUUUGAAAACACACAUGACAAUACACACUGGAGAAAAAGCUUUUUCAUGUUCAAUCUGUGGUAAAAAUUUUACUCAAAGGCAAAAUUUGAAAACACACAUGACAAUACACACUGGAGAAAAAGCUUUUUCAUGUUCAAUCUGUGGUAAAAAAUUUACUCAAAGGCACGAUUUAAAAAUACACAUGAGAACACACACUGGAGAAAAGCCUUUUUCAUGUUCAAUCUGCGGUAAAUAUUUUACUCAAAAGCCCCAUUUAAAAACACACAUGAGAAUACACACUGGAGAAAAACCUUUUUCCUGCUCAGAAUGUGGUAAAAGUUUUGUAAUAAAUCGAAGUUUAAAAGUACACAAGAGAACACACACUGGAGAAAAACUGUUUAUAUGUUCAGUAUGUGGUAAAAGUUUUAUAGUAAGACGACAAUUAAAAUUACAUAUGAUAAAGCACUUUGGUGAAAAACCAUACUGCUGUUGAAGCUGCAACAAAAGCUUUUGUCACCGACAAUCUUGUACAGUACACAUAAGAAACCACACAAGAGAGAAAGUGUUGAGUUGCAGUGUGUGUGGUGAAAGAUUCUCUUCUAAGUACCAGUGUGAGAAACACAAGUGUGCUGGUGAGAACAGCAGCAGCAAAUGAAGAUGCAGGAUUUGAAAUAAACUGUCAAAACUUUAACUUUGACUUUCUAACAACAUCAGCACAUAUAACAUGUGGGACAUCAUUGUUGUGUGUGUAACACAAUCUUGUUAAUAUGAUUCUAACAUUUAUAGAUUAGACACUUCAGAUUAGUGCUUUUAUUUCAGUCAAGUACAUGAGUUAAUAUACACAUUUGUGUACUUUAAAAUGAACAGAACAAUUUGACUGAAAGGGUGAGAAUAAACAGUACAUAAAAUAUGUCACACACAGUAAACAUUGUAUGUGUAGAUAUUCAUUAUUCACUUUUAUACUUAUUCAUAAUAGGGUUUUAUAUGUUUUUUGAAUAAUGAGGUUUUACAUAUUUAAUUUUGUAAUUGUAAAUGAUUCCAUAGAUGAACUCCUUUAUAUGAUGUACAUAUUUGUUUUACAUGAGUUCAUACCUUUGCUUUUGAGUACACAUAAAUCCCUCUUAGUUCAUAUUUACUGGUUCACAUCUGAAACAUCUCCUGGACCACUUCUGGAAGCAUAUUAUUAUUUACUUUAUACGUCAUUUGAACAGUUGUCAUUUAUACAAAAUCAUUUACUUUUAAAAUGUGUGACUUUAUAAAUCAUUUUUUGGGUCUCUAGAAUCCAGUCUACUAAUUAUCUUUAUUACUCUCUUUUGUAAUAUGAAUAUUGUUUUGUGAUUGUUUUAUAUGUAUGUCCCCAGACUUUUAUGCAUCAAACAAUGAAUGUUUCAACUGAAGUUGGGUACAAUAAUUGUAGUUAAUAUUUGUAAGUAUGUAUUUUAUUCUAUUUCGUAUUGCACUCCAUUGUUUAAUUGUUUUCUUUAUAUGACUUACAUGUAGUGUCCAGCUUACUUCAUCAUCUAUUUUAACUCCUAAAAAUGUGAUUACCUUAAUUCCUUUCAUUUCAAUAUUAUCCAUCAUAAUUUGUGUUUUACAUUUUUACAAUCUCCAAUUAUGAUGUAUUUAGUUUUAUUGAAUGUCGAAUUUAUUAUCUACCUGUAAAAAUGUGUUACCUAUUCUAGUCUAUUUGUAAAUUAAAUUGUUUUCCUAAAUUAUAGUCUCCUCACUUUAUCCAGGCAGUCAUUAGGACAAAAGACCCUGGGAGGAAUGUGCCCUUUAAAAGGGAAACGUAUUCACUGUGGCAGGACAGUAUCAAGAUGAAUUGAUCACAUUUGUAUAAUCGGCUAUGAGGCAUUUUAUUAUCAUUGUACAGCCCCUACCUUUGGGCUGAUACUGAGGGCGACUGUGUUGACCAGUUUGACGCGUGCAAAUGAUUGAAUGUCCUGUACUGUAGAAAUGUGUUCGGCUGCGAACCGAUCUCACUGGAUCGGUUCGCAGCCAAAUGUGAAGCAUCUGUGAUUAGAAUCAGCACCUCCAAGUUCGAGUCCAAGGUUCUCGUCCGGAAAAGGGUGGAGUGCCCCGCCCCAAGUGGAGGAGUUCAAGUACCUCUGAGUCUUGUUCACGAGUGAGGGAAGAGUGGAUUGUUUGAUUGACAGGCGGAUCGGUGCGGUGUAUGCAGUAAUGCGGAUGCUGUAUUGAUCCGUUGUGGUGAAGAGGGAGCUGAGCCGGAAGUCAAAGCUCUCAGUUUAUCGGUCGAUCUGCAUUCCCAUCCUCACCUAUGGUCAUGAGCUUUGGGUUAUGAUCGAAAGGACAAGAUCCCGGGUACAAGCGGCCGAAAUAGGGCUCUCCCUUAGAGAUAGGGUGAGAAGCUCUGUCAUUUGAGAGGAGCUCAAAGUAAAGCCGCAGCUCCUCCACAUAGAGAGGAGCCAGAUGAGGUGGUUCGGGCACCUGGUCAGGAUGCCACCCAAUCGCCUCCCUAGGGAGGUGUUUAGGGCAGGUCCGACCUGUAGGAGGCCACAGGGAAGACCCAGGACACGUUGGGUAGACUAUGUCUCCCGGCUGGCCUGGGAACGCAUUGGGAUCCCCCGGGAAGAGCUGGAUGAAGCGGUUGGGGAGAGGAAAGUCUGGGCUUCACUGCUUAGGCUGCUGCCCCCGCGACCUGACCGCCGAUAAGCAGAAGAUAGAUGGAUGGAUGUGUAACACAACUUGAUGUUUCUUGAAAACAGCGUCCAGUAGUUGAGAUUGUCGCUCCUUCUCCUCUUUUGUUGGACAAAAUUCCUCCUGUACUCUUAUCGUUUUUUUUUCUAUCAUCACAAAUAUUUCUCCAACGGCAAAAGUUAGUCGCUGAGUCACCAACACUCACAUCAUUUGUAAUGUAGACAUGUUCACACAAUGUUCGAAAUAAACUCAAACUCAAUAAAAACAAUUUACACUUA